ACGCCCAGUUAGUCUUGGUUGCUAGGUGCCAGCGUGAACAUGGCUGGUUUUUAUACGAAAACAUUGGGCUUUCUGGCCGGGAUCCUGCUGCUGGGCGUCCUCUGCGACGCAGCCAGUGCCACCGUUCACCGUAUACCCAUACAGAGAUCAACGAGCUUUAGGCGCAGCCACAAGGAUAUUCUGGCCGAAAGGGAUUACAUUCAGAGGAAGUACAGUCGCGAUUACACCGCCAAUGGUUAUCCCGUGGAGCCGCUGUCCAACUAUGACAACUACCAGUACUACGGAAACAUCAGCAUCGGAACUCCAGCACAGUACUUCCUGGUGCAGUUCGACACGGGCUCCUCGAACCUCUGGGUGCCGGGCAGUUCCUGUGCCUGCGAGGAGCACCACAUGUUCUACGAAAACCAAUCCAGCACUUAUGUGGCCAAUGGAACGGCCUUUUCCAUAACCUACGGAACCGGCAGCGUUUCGGGAUAUCUAUCUACGGAUUAUGUGGGCUUCGCCGGCCUGACUGUACGGAAUCAGACGUUCGGUGAGGUAACCACCGAGAAUGGAACCAACUUUGCGGACGCCUCCUUCGACGGAAUACUGGGCAUGGGCUUCCCAGCCUUGGCUGCCAAUGGUGUCACGCCAACGUUCCAGAACAUGAUUAGCCAGGGUGUCGUCCAGAGUCCCGUCUUCUCGUUCUUCCUCCACGACAACGGCAGCACCGUUAACUAUGGAGGCGAACUGAUUCUGGGCGGCUCGGAUCCCUCGCUCUACAGAGGUGGCCUCACCUACACCCCCGUCACCCAGGCGGCCUACUGGCAGUUCCAAACGGACUCCAUCAGAAUUGGCAGCUCCAUCAUCAGCGUCUACGAUGCGGCCAUCGCGGACACUGGCACCUCCUUGAUUAUAGCUCCCGUGGCGGAGUUCGAUGCCAUUGCUGCUCUUUUUAAUGCCAACGCGGAUGGUCUCUUCCAGUGCAGUUCCUCGUAUUCCUACCCUGAUCUGGUGAUCACCAUUAAUGGCGUGGAAUUCAGCAUCCCGGCCAAGUACUACAUCAUCGAAGAGGGCUACUUCUGCUCCCUGGCCAUUCAGUCCAUCAACCAGGACUUCUGGAUCAUGGGCGAUGUCUUCCUGGGCCGCUUCUACACCGAGUUCGAUGUGGGCAACCAGAGAUUGGGAUUUGCUCCGGUUAACUCGGCGGUUUCUUUCACUCCUUUGGCCCUGUGGCAGUUCUUCACCUUGCUGGUGCUGGGUAGUGGCCUGUGGAAGCUGUUCUGAUAGUUCUGAUGAUUCCCUGAAAGAGAAACGAGAGUCUAAGAUAGUUAAAACCUUUUUUUUUUUGGGCUAGCAAGCCUAGAUUUAAGAACCUUUAAAAAUAAAACAAUUUUAUGUUCGUGAUUCAUAUCGUUAAGGUCGGGCGAUAUCAUCAAUUA